AUGCUACCCUCAGACAUUAAAUGUGUUAAGGAUAAAACGUUUCGCGCUGUCAAGUUUUCCUGGGUGGGUAACUUCAGUGAGGUGACCUGCAACGUAGUGCCCUGGUUCGCUGUUGAGGAAGCUGGCAGUUGUUUCAGAGGAUAUAGAUUGUACAGAGUGGGAUAUAAGAUAGACAACGUCUUCCACACCACAUAUGAGGCAUGUUUCAACAAGGACCUGCUGCACACUGCGUAUGUAAAGCAUGAUCUACAGUUGAAGACUAAUGUAACACAGCCGGGACGUAGACCACAGUUCAGAGAGGGCGAGCUAUUUGGAAAAGUUAAGAUGUCAAAAGCUUAUUCGAACCAGAGUAACAGAAUUAAAGAAGUAUUCGGCGACAAGAAGUUAGAAGAGUAUGUUAAUAAUAAACAGUUUCUAAGCCGUGGCCACCUCGCCCCUCGCGCAGACUUCCCGCUGUACAGCGUGCAGCGGACUUCGUUCCACUAUGUGAAUAGCGCGCCACAGUGGAUGCGGGGAAAUGCAGGCGACUGGGCUGCCUUGGAGGAGGCGGUUCGUAGGCGCGCAUUACGCUCGGAAGCGAAGUUAGAGGUUUACACGGGCGGAGUCGGGGUGCUGGCCCUACCCGACGUGUCCUCCACAUACAAAGAACUGUACCUCGGCGUCGACGAAAACAAUAACGGAAUUAUACCCGUGCCGCUAUAUAUGUUUAAGACUAUAUACGAGCCAUCGACGAAAAGCGCAGUCGUCUUCCUGUCAAUAAACUCGUCCCAUUUCAACAGUACUAUGACAGACAAAUUGACAUUUUGCAAUGACAUUUGUGACAGUAAGCAAUAUUCGUGGCUAAGAUGGCGUUCGAGCGAUGGCACGCAUAGCUUCUGCUGCACAUACGAGGAAUUUAUUAAAAAAUACAAUGUUAUGCCAAAAUUGAACGUUGAACGAGUAUUUUAUUGAUUAGAAUAAUUAUUUUUAGUUGUGAGAGACUAUUUAUUUAUUUACACCAUUUGUGUCCACAGUUUAAAUAACAAAGUUACAUCAGUUGCAACAGUUGGGCAGAUAAUAAUAAUUAGCGUACAAACUAAAAAGUGUGGAAUGAACCAUAAAAUAUAAA